AUGGAUGAUACGAGUGACUCAAGACCAGAAAUAUGGCAACUUUCAUCUAUUAGUAGUGGAUAUAGGGAACUAUUUUUGGGUACUAGUAAAUUAGCUAUGGUAUUAUGUACAAAUUUACACCUUUCUCCAGGUACAACUAUAACUGCUUUCUACUACAUAUACAAAUUUUGGUCUAAAUUUGAUGCACUAGAGACGGAUAGACGCUUUAUAGCAUCUGCUGCCGUUCUACUAGCUUGGAAAGUCCGUGAAGAUGUAGAACCAUCUCGCAGUAGUAGGAAACUUUCUGAACUAUCACGAUUUUUGUAUAGAAUACUGAAGGCUAAUACACUUGCUCAAAAUUCCAAUAAUGCAUCAAGUCUAGAUAUUUCUUCUAGUUUGUGGAUAUACAAAGAUUCUGGAAAAGAGUACUCUAACUAUAUGGAGCAAAUUAAGACAUAUGAAUUUGCACUAUUAAGGGCAAUCAAUUUUGAACUGACUCCAAUUGAACUACCAUUUAACCAUAUAGAAAGAUUAACACGACUCUUGCUAUAUUCACCAAUGGCAAAAGAAGAAGGAGAGGAUGAAGAUAGGGAGUAUCAAUCACUGAAGAUGUUUAGGUUGUUAUCUAUGUCAAUAUGUAUGGACUUGUACCGUUUACCAAAUGUUUGUAUGCAGUAUAAUGCGUUAGAAAUAUCUCUAUGUUCGGUUUGGUUUGCAGGAAUAUUUUUGUCUUUACCAUUUGCAUAUGAAGGUGUAGAUAAAUCCUCUAAGAUGUUAUGGAUUAGUAAAGUAGCUCCAAAUAUCAAUCAAAACAAUUUAUCUCGUUGCAUGAAUGAAAGUGGUAAAAUCCUUCUUUGGUUAGUUGAUAGCGAUUCUUCAUAA